CCUCCUCCCUGCAGAAAGCAAAGAGCCUAUCGGUUUGUCCAGGGGAAGGACUGGGGCUUCAAGAAGUUCAUUAGAAGAGAUUUCCUGCUUGAUGAAGGUGCAGCGUCCUCCGACAGCUGGGCUGUAAAGAUGGGAAAAACUGGAAUAGCAAUCAUGCCACGGACAUAAUGGAGACGGCAGGCUGGAAGUCAAUGAUCCAGUCCCAUCCUCACUUAGUGGCCGAGGCCUUCAGAGCCCUGGCAUCGGCGCAGUGCCCGCCCUUCGGCCUGCCGAGGAAACGCCUAAAACAGUCCUGACUGCUGCAGCCCUCUGAUCCAGACAGAGCUGAGGCAGCCCUCUGAUCCAGACACUAGGAGCUGAGAGCUGAGACAGCAUGGAGACCCCACCCCCCGAGCAGGGAUGAACAGAGCUGGGAGGCUAACUGGUUGGGAGGCUAACUGGCUGGGAGCAUGGGAGACUGACUCCAACUGGUGGAAAGAAACGUUUGGUUUUGGUCCUCAAGUUUUGUCUGCUAUUUUUCUGUCAUUUCAAAUGGCCUUAAUCCAUCUGCCAUUGGAGCUGAUCUACUGUGUUCUCUCUAUUUGACUGACUGCCCCGUCCCACAGACCAGGCUGCCCCGUCCCACAGACCAGGCUGCCCCGUCCCACAGACCAGGCUGCCCCGUCCCACAGACCAG